AUGCCUGUGACUCGACGAUCACUUCACCGGCAAUCGGUCAUGCGAUCGGCCGGUGCCUCUACUUACGCCAACGACACAGAUUCAAAGGUGGUCCACUGGGUCCGACAAUGGGUAUCUCCUCAACAGUCACCAAACGUGGUGUCUGCUCCAUCUGAAAAGCGAGCACAGACCCCUGCUGACGCCGAGAAGGGCACCCCCGCGUCUACCCCUGUGUCGCUGUCGAACCUCAACUUCAAGGUCAAGCAAUGGAUUCCUGAUCCCGACCAGGAGGCUCAUGUCGCUUUCAAGUACGGCUCCACAGACGACGUGAUUGCAUUCGUGACUGAGGUGCACGCUCCCCCGGAGGUCAAGAACGACAAUGAUCUAACUGCGUCGGAUAUUCGAGGCGCCGUGGGAGGCGAGGCCAUUCCUGGAAUGACUACCAUGGACAAGCAGGGUGACGAGGAGAAGCCCGCUGAGGAGAAGCCCGCUGAGCCUGCUGCUGCCACCGCUGAAGAAGCUCUCAACAACACCACCAUCCCCGAGGCCAAAAUUGAGGUCGACUCUUCCGAGAUGGUGGUGGAUGCUCCCGAGCCUACUUCUGAUGCCGCUGCUGAUGCCGCUGCUGAUGCCGCUGCUGAUGCCGCUGCUGAUGCCGCUGCUGAUGCUGCUCCUGCUGCCGUCGCCACUGAGAUUACUACCACCACCACUACCACCACUACAGAUGAUGCUAUGGAUGUGGAUUUGCCUGCCACAGAGGCUGUUAUCGAGACCAAGGAGGAAGUUGUUGUGCCUGAGCCUGACGCCGAGAUCGCGCCUGCUGAGGCUACCCCUGCUUCUGAGCCUACUAUUUCUUCUGAGCCUGCUAUGUCCUCUGAGCCUGCUGCUUCGGAACCCGCCCCCGUCGAAGCUCUCAAGUCUACUGUCGGGGCUACCGAGACUACCGUCACUGCUGUCCCCACGGAGGCACCAGCUGCUGUCGAGCCUGUUGUUGAGGCCCCCAUUGAGCCCGUUCCGGAGGUCGUCCCCGUGGUUGCCGAGGUUGCUGAGACCGUUGAGCCUGUUAAGACUGAGCCCGCUCCCGCUGAGCCCGAUACUGCCACUGACGCCGCUCCCGUUCCUGAGACUGCUGCUCCCGCUGUAGCCGCCGAGUCUACCACCGAGUCGGCCGAUGUGGAGAUGAAGGACGCUUAA